CCCACAUCCCCGCCCUCCGCCGCUGCUGGGGGUAGGGAGCAUCCUAACCCCCAGACUGUCCGGUCAGAGCAGCCUGCCGCCCCUCAGCGGACCGCCACUCCGGGAGCACAGAACCUGCUGUUUACAUCGCUUCUUUGAGCUGACUGGUGGGGAAUGGCGGCGGCGUUGUCAACAAAGUCUAGCAUUUUGGACCUGAGCCUCAGCGCACAGUGCACGAGAUCCCCAGAGGAAAGCCACGAGGCCUGGGCACAAUGCAAAAAUGCUGGUAGGCAGCUUCCUGAGUACAAGGCAGUGGUGGUGGGGGCAAGUGGUGUUGGGAAAAGUGCUCUCACUAUCCAGAUGACCCACCACUGCUUCGUGAAAGACCACGACCCCACUAUCCAGGAUUCCUACUGGAAGCAGGUGCCCCUGGACAACGGAGGCUAUGUUCUGAACGUGCUGGACACAGCGGGGCAGGAUAUCCACAGGGCCCUGCGUGACCAGUGCUUGGCAGCUGGUGAUGGCGUGCUGGGGGUCUUUGCUCUUGAUGACCCCUCCUCUCUGGAGCAGCUGCAGCAGAUAUGGUCUACCUGGAGUCCUCACCAGAAGCAGCCUCUGGUACUCGUGGGCAACAAGUGUGACCUAGUGACCACCACUGGAGAUGCUCAUGCUGCUGCGGCCAUCCUUGCUCACAAGUGGGGAGCCCCCUUCGUGAAGACCUCAGCCAAGACGCGGCAAGGUGUAGAGGAAGCCUUCGAUCUGCUUGUCCAUGAGAUUCGGAGGGCCCAGGAAGCUAUGGCUGAGCCAAGCAAGGAGGCCCGGCACCGCAAAGCCGUGUGCAGCUGUGGCUGCUCUGUGGCCUGAAGGUCUUACAAGCAAAUUGACCCUUCUCGCCAGUCGCGUCAAGAUGACCCUUCCCCACCAAAUAACAGUUACUACGGACACCUUUUUCUUUUCAUUUGGUGAGGAGU